CCUUCACGGAAUCUCCGCUACCUUACAGUUGUCGCCUUCUCAUUGGACCUCUCCUUCCUCCACUCGCUUUAUUUAUUUAAACUUCAUAUUUCUACUCUCGUACAAAACAAUUAGAUCCCCGUCCGUGUUCGAAAUCCCUUUAUACGCAUUACAUUUUAGAUUGAUAUAGCAAAGAUGUCGCCUACUGAAUCAACUCGUGAGGAAAAUGUGUACAUGGCCAAGUUGGCUGAGCAAGCUGAACGAUAUGAAGAAAUGGUGGAGUUCAUGGAGAAAGUUGCAAAGACUGUUGAUGUUGAGGAGUUAACUGUGGAAGAAAGGAACCUUCUCUCUGUUGCUUACAAGAAUGUGAUUGGGGCCAGGAGGGCUUCAUGGAGGAUCAUCUCUUCCAUUGAGCAAAAGGAAGAAAGCAGAGGAAAUGAAGACCAUGUGUCAGCCAUCAAAGAUUACAGAGGCAAAAUUGAGGCUGAGUUGAGCAAGAUCUGUGAUGGAAUUCUGAGUCUCCUUGAGUCGCAUCUGAUUCCUUCAGCGUCUUCUGCUGAGUCCAAGGUGUUUUACCUUAAGAUGAAGGGUGAUUAUCACAGGUAUUUGGCCGAGUUCAAGACUGGUACUGAGAGGAAGGAAGCUGCUGAGAGCACUUUGUUGGCUUACAAGUCUGCUCAGGAUAUUGCUUUGGCUGAACUUGCUCCUACUCACCCAAUAAGGCUGGGACUGGCUCUCAACUUCUCAGUGUUUUACUAUGAAAUCCUUAACUCACCUGAUCGUGCUUGCAAUCUCGCCAAGCAGGCUUUUGAUGAGGCUAUCUCUGAGCUGGAUACAUUGGGUGAAGAAUCAUAUAAGGACAGUACAUUGAUAAUGCAACUCCUCCGAGACAAUCUUACACUUUGGACUUCUGAUAUCAACGAUGAUGCUGGGGAUGAGAUUAAGGAGGCAUCAAAACGUGGUGAAUAAAGCGACAGGCAGCAGUGAUGAGUUUCAGUUGAUAGGAUAUGUACUCUAUAUCUUUAUCUUGUGGCUUUAAAUCGACUUGGACAAAAUGUUCCAACUGAUUGUAAACUAGCUUAAAUUAUUGAUCAGAAGAAUUUGGUUUGGCUUUCAUGUA